AUGGCUGUCCUUGCAGAGGAGGAAGAGCAGAAGCAGAACUGGUAUCUGCAAACCAGCAGGCUUUACAACAGGCAUAUCCUCUAUGUGAUGUAUCAACUGUUCGAUUUUGUUUUUCUAGUGUUUAUGAGAAAAGAUGAAGCACACGAGGUGCUGAAAGUCCAUAAACGUGCUAACUAUUUUCUAGAAGAGAUUCGUCCGGGGAACUUGGAGAGAGAAUGCAAUGAGGAAAAGUGUUCAUUUGAGGAGGCUAAGGAGAUCUUCCAUUCGCAGGAGAAAACAAUGGAGUUUUGGUUCAAUUACAAAGGUUUAAAUCCAUGUAGUACAAAUCCCUGUAACAAUGGUGGAGUCUGCAAAAUAAGACACUACAAUUACUUUUGCAUCUGCCCCCCAAAAUUUGGAGGAGACAACUGUGAAAAAGAAAAGUUUGAGUGCUGGUAUAAGAACGGUGGGUGCUGGCAGUACUGCAGGGACAGCAGCAGCGCCUUUCAGGUGGUAUGUUCCUGCGCAAAGGAUUACACCCUGCACGAGGACGGGAAGAGAUGCGUGCAAGCAGCACCAUUUCCAUGUGGCCUGAUUAAAGCCAGGCAGGCUCCGGAGGAAGCUUGGCUGGGGCAAAAAAGGCUCCCGAGGGGACUGCGUGAGCACGGGGAUGAUGUGGCCAAGUGGAAUGAGAGCAUGGAGGGCACGGUUAGGCAAACGGAGCUGGAACAAAGCGCUGUUGGGGAAAAUGAGACCGUAAAGGGUGUCUUUGGGCAGAGUGCGCACAUGGAGGGUGAUGCUGGACAGACCGAGGUGGCAGGAGAUGCUUCCAGCUGGAACAAGACGCUGGUGGACUCUGUUAGCCAGCAGCCGCCGGGGGCUGGUGCUGCUGGGCCAGAGGCGGGUGCCCCUGAGCAGGAUGAGGCAGCGGAGGGGACCGCCGGGCCUGGCGAGGCCGGGAGAGGCCCGGCUCCCUGGGAUACAGAGCCUGCAACCAACCAGAGAGAGAGACUGACGGUGCGCGUCCGCACCCGAGACAGCCCUGGUGACCCCUUCUUCCUCGUGCAGGUUUUGAUCCGGAACAGUAAAGAUAUUGGCUUCUGUGGAGGGAGUUUAAUCGGCAGCCGCUGGGUCGUCACUGCUGCUCACUGCCUGGAUCUCGUCAGACCACACCACGUUACCGUGGGAGACUUUGACAAAUACCAAAGAGAAUUCAAAGAACAAAAGAUCGACGUGGAACGGAGCUGGACACAUCCACACUAUGAUUCAAAUAACUACAACGGUGACAUCGCCUUGUUGUACUUGAGCAGUGACGUUAUUUUUAAUGAGUUUGUAAUCCCCAUCUGCCUCCCAAGCCCUAACCUUGCCGCCCUGCUGUCCGAAGAAGGAACAGUAGGGAUGGUGAGCGGAUGGGGGGCCACUCACAACCGAGGUUCGACUCUGCGCUUCCUCAGGAAAGUCCGGCUGCCCAUUGUGAACAUGGAGACCUGUCAGCGGUCAACAGACAGGCUCAUCACUGACAACAUGUUCUGCGCGGGUUACAACACUGACGUUGCAGACGCCUGCAAAGGGGACAGCGGUGGCCCCUUCACGGUGUCUUACCACAACACUUGGUUUCUCUUGGGGAUUGUAAGCUGGGGCGAGGGCUGUGCUGAAAAAGGAAAAUACGGUGUAUAUACGAGAGUACCCAAUUACAUCCCAUGGAUUAAAGAGGUUGUUGAAAGUGUAGCAGAUUCGGAAAACUUUGCCAUUAACUUUCCUUAA